UAACGCCCAUCUGUGGACCACGACCCGCAGUUUUACGGGCUGCUUUUGAAUGGUGAAUGGACAGCGGAGUCACCUGGAGCGACAGAAAGCACGAGCACUGACUGGAAAAACACUCGCAACAGCCAAACGACCUUUCUCCCCUCCGCCAGAGCAGCUGGACGCCGCCGGCAGACAGAGAAGUGCAGCGGCCGCUUAAAGUACACACAUGCGGUGGAAUUAGCCGUCAUGAUGUGGCGUUAAGUCUGCGCGAGCGUCACAGAAACAGUGAACAAACGACUAACCACUGCGAUGGAUGAGGUGACCUGAGCCCAACAAAGUCGAGGAGGACGACGAGGAGAAAUUCUAUGUGGGACAAUGUGGAACGGCCGUUACCUGUAGAGUUUCAUCACUCGUCCAGUCAAAGAAUCAUAAUUCCUUCUCCUGAUUCUUCCACUGACGCCUCCGCAGAGAGCGGGCGGCCGCGUCGCUCAGCCUCGACGCCUGACAUCACCCAUCUGGAACUGCUGGUGGUGGUUGGCCCCGAUGUCCAGCAGGUCCACAAGCAGGACACGGAGAGAUACAUCCUCACCAACCUCAAUAUCGCCUCAGAGCUGUUAGGAGACAUGACCCUGGGCGCCAACAUGCACGUGCACCUGGUUCGCAUGAUAAUCCUGUCGGAGCCAGAGUCAGAGAUCCAAAUGUCCGCCGACAUCACGUCAUCUCUGAGAAGCGUGUGCGACUGGGGCAAGAGGAUAAACCCCCCCAACGACACAGACCCACUACACGCUGACCUGCUGUUGUACAUUACAAGGUAUGACCUGGUGUUGCCCGAUGGGAACAAGCAGGUCAGGGGGGUGACUCAGCUGGGCGGGGCUUGCUCCAGUGAAUGGAGCUGUGUGAUCACAGAGGACACGGGCUUUGACCUUGGGAUCACCAUCGCCCAUGAAAUUGGCCACAGUUUUGGCGUCAACCACGAUGGAGUGGGCAACACGUGCAGCAGGAGUGGCUUCAUGAUGGCGUCCGACGGAGGCUACAACAGCGUGGAUCUGACCUGGUCCCCCUGCAGCAGACAGCAGCUGCUCACGUUCUUCAGUGAAGGCAAAGCUGAAUGUGUGAGCGACCAACCGGCCGUGGAAGGGUCUCUGCAGGACUGGAAACCCGGUCUUUAUUAUGGAGUCGACGAUCAGUGUCGUAUAGCCUUCGGUAUCACCGCCAGAGCCUGCUCUUUCACCAGUCAUGACCUGCCGGCCUGCCGGGUCCUGUCCUGUCAAAUCAACCCCGAGGAUGAAAGCUCCUGCAAACGACUCCUGGUUCCACUGCUGGACGGGACAGAGUGCGCUCCACAUCAGUGGUGUCUGAAGGGCCGCUGCGUGUCGCCGGAUGAGCUGGGCUCCUCCGUGGUGGUGCACGGCUCCUGGUCCAGCUGGUCCGAGUUCUCUCCCUGUUCGCGCACGUGUGGCGGGGGAGUCAGACACCGCACCAGGCAAUGCAACAACCCAAGACCUGCUUUUGGAGGGAACGACUGUCAGGGUCCGGAUGUUGAGGCUGAACUAUGUCACCAGCAGCAGUCAUGUGAACACACGCAGGUGGAUUUCAUCGCAGAACAGUGUUCACAGACGGACCUGCAGCCCCUCUACCUGCAACCAAACACGGCCUCUUUUUACACGUGGAUCCCCGCGGUCGGCUUUGCGCACGGGGACGAGCAGUGCCGAUAUACGUGCCAGGCAGAUGGAGAGAACUUCAUGGUGAGCCGCGGCGCUCAGUUCGUGGACGGGACUCGCUGCGAGUCGGACCGCCCGCCUCCCUUUGGCUCCACAGCCGCUUGUCUGAGAGGGAAAUGCCAGCUGUUUGGCUGCGAUGGCGUACUACACUCUGGGAGAGCACGGGACGUGUGUGGGGUGUGCGGCGGCGACGGAUCGUCGUGCAGUUUGACGUCUGAUUCCUACACUGCUGGUCAGGCCAGAGAGUACACCACUUUCCUCUCUGUGCCGGUGAACGCCACACAGGUUCACGUCGUCAACAGGGCGCCUCUCUUCACUCACAUGGCUGUGAUGUUGGAGGAUCGGUACAUCGUGUCUGGAGCUGGCAGCAUGUCACUGACCAUGACCCACCCUUCCCCUGUGGACGAUAAACGUGUAGAAUAUCGUCUUCACCUGACGCCUGAGCAUCUGCCUGCGAUGGAGGAGCUGCUGAUGCCUGGACCGCUGCAACAGGAGAUAAACAUACAGGUCUAUCGCAAAUACGGAAAAGAAUAUGGCGAGAAAACAAAUCCAAACAUCAGUUACCAGUUCUACGUACCGGUCAGAAACAGUAGCGCCACAGGGAGCGCGUCUAAAGGAACAUGGGCUGUUUUUACGACACCGUGUUCGGUCUCCUGUGGAUCUGGUGUGCAGAAGCAUGUGUAUGUCUGUGUAGAUGAAGGUACCAACAACCAUUUGGAAGAACACGACUGUAAAAUGCCCGCGCCGCCUGAACCACCACAAACCACGUGUCGGCUCUCGCCGUGUCCUCCCCGGUGGGACGCGGGUCAGUUUGGAGCCUGUAGCGCCUCCUGUGGUGGAGGACAGAUGGUGCGUCCCGUAAGGUGCGUUCAGAAACACGGAGCUGACGUGGCGACCGUCCCCGACUCUGAAUGCUCACCUGACGCAGCGCCACGUGCUGUGGAACAAUGUAACGUGCAGCACUGCCCAGCCAGGUGGCAUGUGUCAGAGCCAGGAGAGUGUUCGGCAGUGUGCGGCCCAGGAGACGCCAAACGCGUCGUUUCAUGCGUCCGCUCAGAGGUCGGCCAGGACAUCGAAGUGGAUCAGAGCUUUUGUCCGAAGCAGAUGAAACCGCACGGUUCUGUGCCCUGUGUCGUUGCCGUGUGCCCUAUUGGGUGGGAGUCUGAGGGAGAGGACCGGCCCAUGUUCAAGUCCGGUUUGUUGCCGCACGCUAGACAAGGUCCUGUGUAUGUUUGGAGCCCUGCGAUCAGCCAGUGCUCCAAGACCUGUGGCAACGGGACACUGCAGGUGUGGUUUUCCUGUGUGGACCACCAGACCAGACUAGGGGUGCCAGAUUUCCACUGUGAGGCUUCGGCCAAACCUUCGCCUCAGACUGAGACCUGCAGCACAUCUCCCUGUCCUCCUCCCACGUGGCGCUCUAAGCAAGGGGUCUGCAGUGUGACGUGUGGAGGAGGGGUGGCCGACAGGGUGCUGUACUGUGCUCGGGAAGCGGAGACGGGGGAGGAGGAGGAGGUGGUGGAGGAUUCCGUAUGUGACGGCUCGCUCAAACCCUCCGCCGUGGUUUCAUGUAACACCCACAUCUGUCCUGCGAGGUGGAAGGUGUUCGGGACGUCGCCCUGCUCCGUGUCCUGUGACUUGGGUGUAGCUCAGAGGACGGUGUCCUGUGUCCAGUUUGUCCACGGCAGUGAGCGCGCAGUGGCGGAGGAACACUGCCACGCGGCCGUCAAACCGGCCACCACUGUUCCCUGCCUGGUGCAGGUCUGCACCUUCAGGUGGGAGGUGAAGCCAUGGAGCCAGUGUUCAGUAGCCUGUGGAUAUGGGAUCCAGUCCAGAGCGGUGUCCUGCCUGGGUCCCUCUAAACCCGAGCCCCUCAGCCCCGUGCUCUGCAUGCACAUGCCCAAACCCAUCACCAUCCAGGGCUGCUACGCGGGAGGCUGCAGCGCCACCACUGAGGGGCCUCUCCCCUCUACCACUAUGAGCUACGACGCGCCUCAGCGCCGCACGGUGGCCCGUCCUCCCAGUCUAACGGAGGCCGUUACUUCCCCACAGACCCCCACUACGACCACCCCAACCUCCAGAGGCAAAUACACAUGUCGACACUCCCUAUUCCCACAAAGAGCAGGAGGCAGAUGUGCAAUAAUCCCAACUGUAUGUGCUCUUCUUCCAGAUGCAUGUGGACAGUUACUCCUGGAGGAGUCAGGCACAGUGGAUUUGCGAAAUGUGUCGAGCCGCUGCACGGUGUCCAUCGGUCGACCCCUGGAUGAAGUCAUCUACGUUAGAGUGGAGUCCAGCUCCUUGAAUUGCAGGAAAAAGGAGUACGUGGCGUUUUUCGACCGGCUGACGUUCGCGAGGAAGUGCGCGCAGGUGGCGGGCAGCGAGCUGACCACGAGGAGCAACGUGCUGCUGGUCCGCCAGAGCCGGCUCACUCGCGGGAACGGGAUCGUGUUCACGUACAAGUCGCAGAAGAACACAAAGAGGAGCCAUCAUCAGAGCUGUGACGUUCAGCUGUUCUCCCCCAGCGGCGUGUUCGAGAACCCGACGGCGUCCGGCACGAACCACACGUGUCGAGUGCUCAUCAACGCCCCUCCCGCAGUGAAGAUACGGAUCCAGGCGCUGCACAUCGGAUUAGUAUUCAACGCCACCAACGCUCAGUCUACAUAUAUUAUGAUCCGGGACAAGGACGUCUUACAGACCAGUAUCUUUAAAGGCCAACACUUGUUUCUGUGGCACUCGUCCGGAACCAUGGCUGAGAUUGAGUUCCAUGGAGACUACCUGCAUUCUAAAGGACGCUUCCGAGCUGAAUAUUCCUUUACCAGUCUUUGAUAAUAUCGAUAUAUAUAUGUUCAAUAUUACUUUAGUUAAAGGUGCUUUUUUUUGUAUCAGCCUUUAGAUUGUAUUAUGUUGAGUAAAAAAGACGGCGCAAUCUUUUCAAAUUUGAUUUUCAGGAUAUUUUUGGACAUGAAAUAAACAAAACAAAAAGUGUCA